CGGGGUUGGCCGCGCCGGCGUAGAGAGUCCGCCCCAUCGCCGAGUUCCACGCCGCCGGAAGCGGAAAUAGCACAGGGUGCCGCCACAGUAGCUGUAACCGCCACCGCGAUGCCGAAGGGGCCCAAGCAGCAGCCGCCAGAGCCCGAGUGGAUCGGGGACGGAGAGAGCACGAGCCCAUCAGACAAAGUGGUGAAGAAAGGAAAGAAGGACAAGAAGAUCAAAAAAACGUUCUUCGAAGAGCUAGCAGUAGAAGAUAAACAGGCUGGGGAAGAAGAGAAAGUCCUCAAGGAGAAGGAGCAGCAGCAGCAGCAGCAACAGCAACAGCAGCAGCAAAAAAAGAAGCGAGAUACCAGAAAAGGCAGGCGAAAGAAGGAUGUGGAUGAAGAUGGAGAAGAGAAAGAGCUCAUGGAGCGUCUCAAGAAGCUCUCAGUGCCAGCCAGUGAUGAGGAGGAUGAGGUACCUGCCCCAAAACCCCGCGGCGGGAAGAAAACCAAGGGUGGUAAUGUUUUUGCAGCCCUGAUUCAAGAUCAGAGUGAGGAAGAGGAGGAGGAAGAAAAACAUCCUAAGCCUGCCAAGCCAGAGAAGAAUCGGAUCAAUAAGGCCGUAUCUGAGGAACAGCAGCCUGCGCUCAAGGGCAAGAAGGGAAAGGAAGAGAAGUCAAAGGGGAAGGCUAAGCCUCAAAAUAAAUUCGCUGCUCUGGACAAUGAAGAGGAGGAUGAAGAAGAAGAAAUAAUAAAGGAAAAGGAGCCUCCCAAACAAGGGAAGGAGAAGGCCAAGAAGGCAGAGCAGGGUUCAGAAGAAGAAGGAGAAGGGGAAGAAGAGGAGGAGGAAGGAGGAGAGUCUAAGUCAGAUGAUCCCUAUGCUCACCUUAGCAAAAAGGAGAAGAAAAAGCUGAAAAAACAGAUGGAGUAUGAGCGCCAAGUAGCUUCAUUAAAAGCAGCCAAUGCAGCUGAAAAUGACUUCUCCGUGUCCCAGGCAGAGAUGUCCUCCCGCCAAGCCAUGUUAGAAAAUGCAUCUGAUAUCAAGCUGGAGAAGUUCAGCAUCUCAGCUCAUGGCAAGGAGCUGUUCGUCAAUGCAGACCUGUACAUUGUAGCCGGCCGCCGCUACGGGCUGGUGGGACCCAAUGGCAAGGGCAAGACCACGCUUCUCAAGCACAUUGCCAACCGAGCCCUGAGCAUCCCUCCCAACAUUGAUGUGUUGCUGUGUGAGCAGGAGGUGGUAGCGGAUGAGACGCCGGCAGUACAGGCUGUUAUUCGAGCUGACACCAAGCGAUUGAAACUACUGGAAGAGGAGCGGCAGCUUCAGGGACAGCUGGAACAAGGGGAUGACACAGCUGCCGAGAGGCUAGAGAAGGUGUAUGAGGAAUUGCGGGCCACUGGGGCAGCAGCUGCAGAGGCCAAAGCACGGCGGAUCCUGGCUGGCCUGGGCUUUGACCCUGAAAUGCAGAAUCGACCCACACAGAAGUUCUCAGGAGGCUGGCGCAUGCGUGUCUCCCUGGCCAGGGCACUGUUCAUGGAGCCCACACUGCUGAUGCUGGAUGAGCCCACCAACCACCUGGACCUUAACGCUGUCAUCUGGCUCAAUAACUACCUCCAGGGCUGGCGGAAGACCUUGCUGAUCGUCUCCCAUGACCAGGGCUUCUUGGAUGAUGUCUGCACUGACAUCAUCCACCUCGAUGCCCAGCGGCUCCAUUACUAUAGGGGCAAUUACAUGACCUUCAAAAAGAUGUACCAGCAGAAGCAGAAAGAACUGUUGAAGCAGUAUGAGAAGCAGGAGAAAAAGCUGAAGGAGCUGAAGGCAGGCGGAAAGUCCACCAAGCAGGCAGAAAAGCAAACGAAGGAAGCCCUGACUCGGAAGCAGCAGAAAUGCCGACGGAAAAACCAGGAUGAGGAAUCCCAGGAAGCCCCUGAGCUCCUGAAGCGCCCUAAGGAGUACACUGUGCGCUUCACUUUUCCGGAUCCCCCACCACUCAGCCCCCCCAUCCUGGGUCUGCAUGGUGUGACAUUUGGCUAUGAGGGGCAGAAACCACUCUUUAAGAACCUGGAUUUUGGCAUCGACAUGGAUUCACGGAUCUGCAUUGUGGGCCCUAAUGGUGUGGGGAAGAGUACACUACUCCUGCUGCUGACUGGCAAGCUGACACCGACCCACGGGGAAAUGAGGAAGAACCACCGGCUGAAAAUUGGCUUCUUCAACCAGCAGUAUGCAGAGCAGCUGCGCAUGGAGGAGACGCCCACUGAGUACCUGCAGCGGGGCUUCAACCUGCCCUACCAGGAUGCCCGCAAGUGCCUGGGCCGCUUUGGCCUGGAGAGUCACGCCCACACCAUCCAGAUCUGCAAACUCUCUGGUGGUCAGAAAGCGCGAGUUGUGUUUGCCGAGCUGGCCUGUCGGGAGCCGGAUGUCCUCAUCUUGGACGAGCCAACCAAUAACCUGGACAUAGAGUCUAUUGAUGCUCUGGGGGAGGCCAUCAAUGAAUACAAGGGUGCUGUGAUCGUUGUCAGCCAUGAUGCCCGACUCAUCACAGAAACCAACUGCCAGCUGUGGGUGGUGGAGGAGCAGAGUGUUAGCCAGAUUGAUGGUGACUUCGAAGACUACAAGCGGGAGGUGUUGGAGGCCCUGGGUGAAGUCAUGGUCAGCCGACCCCGAGAGUGAGCUUUCCUUCCCGGAAGUCUUCCAAGAGACAAGCUUGUGUGGCUUGAAGUUCCCCGAUGUCUCCCUUUCUCCUCUGAAGACUGCCUCUGACCUGCAGCUGACCUAGCAACCACUCAGGCACAUGAAGGUGGAGUGUGACCUUGAUGUGACCAGGAUACCACUCUGAUUGCAUCCAUUUCUCUGAAAGACUUGUUUGUUCUGAUUUUCUUCAGAUAACUGACCUGGCCUUAUCCUUGGCAUCCCUCUAAACAAACAGAGGUGACCACCUUGUUGUGAGGUUCCAUCCAGCCAAAUUUAUGUGGCCAGUUGUCUGAAGACUCAUCACUCGGAAGCCUGCCUCUGGUUCACCCUACAGCUUCAGGCCCAGCUGCCCCCUGGUCUUUGGGUGGUGCUGUUCUUUUCUGGUGGAUUUAAUGCUGACUCAUUGGUACAAACAGUUGUAGAAGCUCAGAGCUGGAGUGAGGGUCUGAGGCCUUUGCCAUUAUCCAGCCCAAGAUUUGGUGCCUGUAGCUUCUUGUCUAGUUGAGGACUUGGGGGCAGGAAAGGAAUGCUGCUGAACUUGAAUUUCCCUUUACAAGGGGAAGAAAUAAAGGAAAGGAGUUGCUGCCACAUGUCACUCUUUGGAGAUUGAUGGGAGUUGGAACUA